AUGGCUGGCGCGAAGACAGACCCGGGCACUUCCAAAAUGGAUGCAGCUCAGAAAUCGCCGAAAGCCCACAAGCGAAAGCGAGACGUUGAAGCUUCCACGAUUAGCACCUCCACCCCGCCCAAGAAGUCCAGGAAGCGCGAAAGUCAAACCACUGCAGUGUCGCCAGCUGAAGGGAGCACAACCAAGCGAAGACGAUUGAAGGAUACCCUGCAAGGAAGCGACUCGGAGUCGAAGAAGGAAAGGGAGAGCCGAUCUUCUCACGAGCUCAAGAAAGACCGUAGUGCGAAGUCGGACAAGAAAUCGAAGACCAAGUCACGAAAUGAUGCAGAAGUGACAGACGAGCCAGCCGAGUCCUCCCAAGACGAGAGUCACCGCCGCAAGUCUUCCAAAGACAAGCAUGCAGGCAUCUUGUCGAAAUUUGAGCGAACGAAGAAAGCCGCGAGCAUCAAGCCAAAGAAAACUAGCGACGUGGCGGAGACCUCGUUGGAAACGACCGUUGAGCCCGUCAUCGCAAAAGGUCUGGAGCCGUUGCCACAGCCAGAAAAUCCCCCAGAGAUCUACGAGCCACCGACGUACUCGUCUCUCCCGCCGUGGCUUGCGAAACCCCUGCAAGCUUCUGCAAAUGAACGGGCCCCAUUUUCCGAGCUUGGCAUCAGACAGGAUCUACUGCGAACUCUGGAGCAGAACAACUAUAAAGAAGCGUUUGCUGUGCAAGCAACCGUCAUUCCUCUGCUGCUGCAAGGUGGAAGCCACCACUCAGGUGAUCUCUGUGUUAGCGCCGCAACUGGAUCGGGAAAGACUCUAUCCUAUGUCCUUCCCAUGGUCACCUCUCUCACUCCCCGUCCCUCUUCGCGACUGCGUGGACUUAUCGUUGUUCCGACGCGAGAACUCGUCAAGCAGGCUCGCGAAGCAUGUGAGAUUUGCGCUUCGGGAUCUCGUCUUCACAUUGGGAGCGCUGUUGGUAACGUGGCAAUCAAGGAAGAGCAGAAGCUUUUGAUGCGUGUCGAUCAGGUGUACAACCCAGCGACGGUCGAACAACGGCAAAAGUCAGGAUUGCAAGGAAAUGAAUGGAUGGAAUUCAGCCUUGAAGAUUGCGUCAGUGAAGCUAUGGAUUCCACUGGCUUUCUGCCCGGCUACAUCCAGCGAUCGGAGCCAAAUGUCGAUAUCCUUAUCUGUACACCCGGCCGUCUGGUUGAUCAUAUUCGUUAUACCAAAGGAUUUACUCUCAAGCAUCUCGAGUGGCUGGUCAUUGACGAGGCUGAUCGUUUGCUGAAUGAAAGUUUCCAAGAGUGGGUCGACGUGGUUAUGGGAUCGCUCAGUUCGCGUCAAGCGCCUGAUACUUUUGGACCCGGUGGUCAACUCCUCCAUGAUCUCGGUCUACCCAUCGAAACUCGUCCUCCUCGCAAGGUGGUUCUGAGUGCUACAAUGACUCGCGAUAUCACUAAAUUGAACUCUCUCUGCCUCGAAAACCCUAAGAUGGUUAUUAUUGGAGCUGAAGACAGCGCUGAAACAGAGGAUCUUUCCAACUCUCGCCCCGAUGCCCAUUACACCUUGCCACCGACAUUGCGGGAGCACGUUGUCCCCGUUGAUGACGCAUCUCAGAAGCCACUAUACCUCUUGCAACUACUUCUGUCGCAUAUCAAGAUCGACACGAGUACCGCGAAGUCAAUUGUUUCUAAGGCGAAGACUUCCGAUUCCGACUGCGAGAGUACCAGCUCGGAUGAUACGAGCUCAGAUGAGUCUUCCGAUGAUGAUACCUCUUCAUCUGGUUCUGAUUCUGACUCCACUUCCGACUCCGACUCCGAUUCCGAUUCUGAUUCCAGCUCUGACUCUGAUUCAUCGUCCGAGUCUGACUCAUCAUCCGAUUCUGAUUCAUCUGAUGAAUCGAGUUCAGACGAGGCACCCGAGACAGCCCGCGCUAGGAUUGUCCCGCAGACUGUCACUCCUCCAACAACCGUCCUUAUCUUUGCCAAAUCGUCCGAGGCUGCCUCGCGACUUUCUCGCCUGAUAUCACUUCUUCACCCUCCACUGGCCAGUCGUGUGGGAACUAUCAUCAAGUCGAACAAGUCAUCGGCUUCUCGCAAGACACUCGCGGCAUACCGUCGGGGCCGCAUCUCAAUCAUCGUCGCCACCGAUCGCGCUUCUCGGGGAUUGGAUCUUCCAUCCUUGACCCACGUCAUCAACUACGACAUCCCGCCUAGUGUGACUACCUAUGUACACCGUGUAGGACGCACAGCUCGUGCUGGGCGCGAGGGCUCUGCGUGGUCUCUGGUCGCGCACCGCGAAGGUCGGUGGUUCUCCAACGAAGUGACCGCUAGUGUGGAUGGCCGUAUCACACGCACCGCCCCCGUUGGCCGCGUCCGCGUGAAAUUGGACUCGAUGAAAGCACUGCAAUCCAGAUACGCAGCUGCCUUGGACGAUCUCGAACAAGAAGUCAGAGUGGGCAGAGCACAUUCCUCCAAGAGAGCAUAG